AUGGCGGAGCCGUCGGCGGCCACUCAGUCUCCGUCCGUCUCGUCGUCGUCCUCCGGGGCCGAGCCUUCGGCGCCCGGCGGCGGGAGCCCUGGAGCCUGCCCCGCCCUGGGGGCGAAGAGCUGCGGCUCCUCCUGUGCGGAGGGAUUGAGCUCUCUUUGCUCUGGUGAGCCACCUUCAGAAAUUAUGACUUCCUCUUUUUCAUCUUCUGAAAUGCAUAACAAUGACCUUACAAUACUACACGGAGAAAAAAGCAAAGUGUCAGGCAGUGAGCCUAUUUUAGCCAAAGAAGGAAAAGACUCCUUGGCUCUCCUAGAUGUGAAAAAGAUGGAAAAGCCUCAAGAGACCAGUAAAGACCUAGCAUACUCCCCAGAUUCUGUGGCAGAAGGAGUUCAGUGUAACCGUCCUUUCAUUCCGGCCAAUUUCCCAGAUCGUCCUGCUUUUCUCUCAAAGGAAAUGAGUCUACUGGAACAGCAAAUAAAUAAAGAUCAAGAGUCCAAGAACCCAAAUGAGGUACCAAGUACAGGCGGUAAAACUGAAUUGGAUGCUGAUGACAAGUUCACUUUGCUGACAGCUCAGAAACCACUGACCCAGCAGUCUAAGGCAGAAGGCAUUUGUAAAUAUUCCUUGUCCCCAUCUGAAGUUUCAGGAGGUGGUGUUGAAAAGGAUUCCCCUGAGUCACCAUUUGAAGUAAUUAUUGACAAAGAAGCAUUUGACAAAGAAUUUAAAGAUGUAUAUAAGGAGAGCACAAAUGAUUUUGGUAGCUGGGCAAUGAACACUGAUAAAGAAACAUCUGCAGACAUUUUAGAGUCUAAUGACAAAGUAUUUCCACUGAGAAGUAAAGAGGCAGGGCGUUACCCAACCUCUGCAUUGCUCACUAGACAGUUUUCACACACAACUGCAGCACUGGAAGAAGUGUCUAGAUGUGUGAAUGAUAUGCAUAACUUUACUAAUGAAAUACUGACUUGGGAUUUGGUUCCCCAAGCAAAAGAAGAGAGCUGUAAGUCUGACUACGUCACAAAAACCACAGGACUUGACAUGAGUGAAUAUAAAUCAGAAAUCCCAGUUGUAAAUCUUAAAACUAACACUCACCAGAAAAUUCCUAUACGUUCUAUUAAUGGGAACACUCCCAUCACUAAAUCAGCAGGUGAUUGGGCACAGGAAUCCCUCCCACAAGAAAAUGCUAACAUUGACAAACCUGUACCGGAUUGUCUCAAUUCCACAAAGGAAGUCAAUAUCAAAGGUGUGGGAGGCCAUGCGCAGAAACAAGAUAACACAGUUGCAGAGUUCCCUGGGUCUCCAUUUGACAAAGGUGUCUCUCGGGGUUCUGGAGUGGCCACCGUGAAAGUGGUUUUACCUGAUGGCCACCUGAAAGAUGAAAUGAACUGGCAGAGCGCUGUGUUAGGAGAAGUGACAGAAGCUGAUAGUUCUGGUGAGUCUGAUGACACAGUAAUAGAGGACAUCACAACCAGUGUUUCAUUUGAAGGUAAAAAAAUUCAGGCUGAAAAACCUGUUUCCAUUCCAAGUGCUAUUGUAAAAAGAGAUGAAAGAGAAAUCGAAGAGGCUUUCAAUUGCAAUAGGGAAAACAAAACAUGUGAAACCUUUGAAGGGCCAGUCAGUGACCCUGAGGCAGCACACGUUCAGCCUGAUAUUCCCGAAAGGAGUCCAGUGGGUGAGGCAGCAUGUUCACAAGUACGUGAUCUGAAGAUCAUGUCAGAAGAUGUGCAGCAGUCAGGUAGUAUGAGUGAAGCUGCUGCUGAAAAACAUGUUGCAACUGAGAACCCAAAGCAUCCUUCAGCUGUAUCUCCAGGUGUUCUUCAUGAGACAGAAUUCUCACUAAAUGUGACAACCUCUGCCUAUUUGGAGUCAUUACAUGAAAAAAAUGUUGAAGAUGUAGAUGAUUCUUCCCCAGAGGACCUGAUAGCAGCCUUUACAGAAACCAGAGAGAAAGGAAUCAUAGGUAAAGGUGAAGGGAAUGCCUUUGACGCAACAUCGGAGAAGACUAGGGACUUUAAAACAAGUCUUGCUGUGGAAGUCUUGCAUGAAAGUGAGUCAGGUGGUUCUGAAAUUAAAGACCGAAGAAGCGAACACAUGGAACAAAGCAAAGAAACAAAUGGAAGUGAGAUUCUGGGUGUUUUCCCUGCCCGAGGUACUCCAGUGGCAUCUCUUGACUUAGAGCAGGAAGAGCUCACAAUCAAAGCCCUUAAAGAAUUGAGUGAAAGGAGGACUGAGAAGUCAGCUUCUGUACAGGGUGAUGUAGAAUCUCCUCCUGAAGAAACACUCGAGCACACUUUCACAUGUGCUCCAGAAUCCUCUUGGCUUCAGAGAGCAUAUGAUGUCCUAGAACACACAGAAGUUAACACUGGAUCUGAUCUUGGGAUUUCCAGGAAGCCCACAAUUGUCACAGAAACUACUAGGGUAGAUAUUAUACCGAGCCUUAGUAAGGCUGAAGUGGUAAACAAGCAAGUCCUAGCAAGACUUCUGACGGACUUCUCAGUGCACGAUCUGAUUUUCUGGCGAGAUGUGAAGAAGACUGGGUUUGUCUUUGGCACCACACUGAUCAUGCUGCUCUCCCUGGCAGCUUUCAGUGUCAUCAGUGUGGUUUCUUACCUCAUCCUGGCUCUUCUCUCUGUCACCAUCAGCUUCAGGGUCUACAAGUCUGUCAUCCAAGCUGUACAGAAAUCAGAAGAGGGCCAUCCAUUCAAAGCCUACCUGGAUGUAGACAUUACCCUGUCCUCAGAAGCUUUCCAUAAUUACGUGAACGCUGCCAUGGUGCACAUCAACAGGGCCCUGAAACUCAUUAUUCGUCUCUUUCUGGUGGAAGAUUUGGUUGACUCCUUGAAGCUGGCUGUCUUCAUGUGGCUGAUGACCUAUGUUGGUGCCGUUUUCAAUGGAAUCACCCUUCUGAUUCUUGCUGAACUGCUCAUUUUCAGUGUUCCAAUUGUCUAUGAGAAGUACAAGACCCAGAUUGAUCACUAUGUUGGCAUCGCCCGCGAUCAGACCAAGUCGAUUGUUGAAAAGAUACAAGCAAAACUCCCAGGAAUCGCAAAAAAAAAGGCAGAAUAAGUACAUGGAAACCAGAAAUGCAACAGUUACUAAAACACCACUUAAUAGUUAUAACGUUAUUACUUGUACUAUGAAGGAACGUGCUCAAUGUCAGCUCGAGCCUGCAUUCCAAGCUUCUUUUUCUUAAUUUGGUGUUUUCUCCCCUCCUUUCCCUUUACCCUCAGUAUCAAGCACAAGAAUUGUUGGACUUAAAAAAGAACUGAUAUCUUAGGACCCAAAAGAAUAAAGAAAGAAUCUAAUAGGGUAAAUCAGUACCUUAAUGGUGGUGGGGCUUUUACUUGGAGCUUGAAAGGGGAGAGGUUGGAGGUCAAGGAGAAAAUGAAAGAUAAAGCACUGCUCUUGGAUUCUGCUAUCCAGUGUUCAAGGACUAGUCUUACGCAGCUUCCCGUCAGUUUUACCCUUAUUUUUAAGUUAAGAAAUGAUGAUUAACUUAUGAGGAAAUUAUCCGGGGACAAGAGUGGGAUUCCUUCCCACGGGUCUUUGGCAGCUCUCUGACCCCAUCUUCCUGCCCCACAGUGUGAGCGGCUGCUCCUAACAUUCCUCUUCUUCACGUAAUGAUAGAACUUUCAAGUCUAUGAAUAACUUGUAGGUGAUAGUGUGCAUUCCUGAUUCCCAGAAUGCCAUCUGGUAACCAAGGUUGGAACCGGAAAGUGGGACUGUGAAGGCCCUCCCUCUCCCGCUCAUCCCUAGAAAGGAAAGUUCCCGCCAUUUGGGAGGGUGGUGUCUGUGUCGUUUCUUGUGGGCAACAGUUCUGAGCUUUAGUUUGAGAACUCAUUCCUGAAUGUGCUUUCCUCCUCCUUCCCUGCCCACCUCACCUCGAGUUUAAUAAAUAUGGUUGUACUUUUCUUAUUAUGAAAUAAAUGUCUGUAACUGCUGUAAACUUGUUAGAGAAAAAAAAUAAUCUGCAUGUGGGC